AUGAGCAACAUGACGGUCCUCGAAACAGCUGAACCCUAUGACUUUGACAUGACCUCAGACACGCCCAUCUACCCAAUCAGCUUCCAGGUUUCUCUGACAGGCUUCCUGGUUUUGGAGAUAGUUUUAGGCUUGAGCUCCAACCUCACUGUGCUUGUUCUCUACUGUAUGAAACAGAACCUCAUCAGCUCCGUCUCAAACAUCAUCACUAUGAACCUACAUGUGGUGGAUGUGUUGGUGUGUGUGUGCUGUAUCCCGCUGACAGCAGUGGUGGUGUUGCUUCCUUUGGAGAUGGACACAGCCAUGAUCUGCUGUUUCCAUGAGGCCUGCAUCUCCUUUGCAAGUGUAGCUACUGCUGCUAACGUCCUGGCCAUUACUGUAGACCGCUAUGACAUCUCAGUGCGGCCGGCAAACCGUGUACUUACGAUGGGCCGGGCUGUAGUUCUACUAGGGUCCAUCUGGGCUCUAUCCUUUGUCAGUUUCCUGGUUCCCUUCAUGGAAGUCAGCUUCUUCAUCAACUCUGGGUCAGACCUUGUGAACCAGACAGCAGUCACAGUGGCUCAUCCAAAUGAGUAUUACACAGAGCAGGGUUUGUACUAUCACCUGCUAGCACAAAUCCCAAUAUUCUUUUUUACAGCUGUGGUGAUGCUUGUGACUUACUACAAAAUUCUUCAGGCACUUAAUAUUCACAUUGGUACACGCUUUCAGCACCACUUACCUAGAAAGAAGCAAAAGAGCAAAAACACCAUCUCUCUGAGCACUGCAACACAAGCAGAGUCAACAGACGCUUCACAUAGCAGCACAGGAGUCAGGGCAGGCGGCAAUGCACCUUUGGGCAUGCGGGCGUCAGUGUCAGUCAUAAUUGCGCUCAGACGAGCAGUAAAGCGUCAUCGGGAGAGACGGGAGAGGCAGAAACGAGUCUUCAGGAUGUCUCUUCUCAUAAUCUCCACAUUCUUACUUUGUUGGACCCCAAUAACUGUGCUCAACACCAUCAUCCUGAGCACUGGUUUACACAGUGAUUUAACUGUUCGCCUCCGCUUAGGCUUUCUGGUGAUGGCCUAUGGAACCACUAUCUUUCACCCGCUCCUCUACGCCUUCACUCGACAGAAGUUCCAAAAGGUUUUGAAAAGCAAGAUCAAGAAAAGGGUGUUGUCUGUAGUAGAAGCUGACCCUACGCCAAACAAAGUAGUCAUCCAUAACUCGUGGAUUGAUCCGAGGAGAAAUAAAAAGGUUACCUUUGAGGACACGGAAGCCACAAAAUGUCUAUGCUCACAAGAGGUAGAGUAA